AUGGAAAGGGCAGAGGCAGAGGUCCAGAGGAAGCCUAACAUCUCCUUCACCAUUGACUACCUCCUUUUCGAGAACAGGAAACCACCCCGCAGGGAUCCAGAACCGAGGGGCGAACAAGCGAGGGCAGAAGGGAGAGGCGUCGCAGAGACAGAGCAACCUGGACCUCACACACCUCCAGAUCUCCUGGACAAACCCAACCAGUCUUAUAUCGCCCUCAUUUCGACUGCCAUCCUCUCCUCGCCGGAGAAGAAGCUUUUGCUGUCCGAUAUCUACCAGUGGAUUAUGGAUAAAUACCCGUACUUCAAAAACAAGGUGAGUGCCACCAACAGGUACCCUGGAGAACAUGGGUCGUCACCUUGGGCCUUGAACUACCUUCAAGACUCGCCCAACCUAGAGCCCUUGUCCAUUGAGCAAGCCAACUUGGUGGGCGAGGACAUGGCUGGUUUCUUCCAGGGUACAGUGGCCGAGAGUCAUAGGACCCCAGAGGAAGCUGCCUUUUCCUGACACAGACCAUUGGUCCAUCUAAGCUCAGUAUUGUCCAUCUCUCCAGGUUUUCGGGCCAGAGCCCUACCUGCUGAGGAUAGUUGGUGGAACCUUCUGCAUGCAAAGUAGAUGUUCCACCACCAAAUUGCGGCCCUUGCCUUAUACAGUCCUGCUAGUUGGCAGGUCUCCGAGAACAGUCCUCUGUCUGAAGAGGAAGGGCUGUCCCGUUCCGGUCCAGUUAAGAGAUAAAAAACGUCUAAGGUUCAUGAAAUGAUCCAUUGACAGUUAGCCCCACAGAAGGCUGAGGAAGCAUACAUAUGAUCUAGUCACCCUCCCCUGCGUUAUGACGAGGUUUAAUGGGUUGUAUCCAACCGGGGCCGGAUAUAGGUUUGAUGAGGCCCUAAGCUACUGAAGGUCAUGGGGCCCUUUAUAUGUCCAGCUGUCCUUUGUCAACAACAAAUUGCCGCUGGUUUUUUUUUGUGUUGAAUAUAUGCUAUGUGGUAAUUUAUGGACCUCAUAGGUAUCUCAAGCCAUUUGCACGUAACAGAAUAUGUAUUUUAUCAAAGUAAUUGUUGAACUGAAAUACAAUUAAGAAGAAGUAUAUUAAUAGUGAAAUAUAAUUAAGAAGAAGUAUAUUUUUUGGGGGGGUCCCCAAGAGAGUGGGGCCCUAAACUAUAGCUUGUUUAGCUAACACUUAAAUCCGGCACUGUAUGCAACCCUAGUCCUGCUGAAAUUAAUGGAUCUAGAUUAGCCAUGUUCAUUGAUUUCAACAGACCUACUAGCAUUGGAUUCCACCCAUUGUACCCGUUUCCGUUUCGAGUUCUUAUUUCCAAAUGUGCCCCAUGCAUAUAGCAUGCAAAAUAUAUGCAAAUCAGCACCCUCUUUCCCCCUCCCUUUUGGCGAUACGUAAGUGGCCGUCCUUUUCACGAGACGUCGGACGCCAGUGACACAGUUUCUUGGCCUUUUUAACACCCAGUUCUCUUCUCACUCUGGUCCGGGGAUAUCUCAGCAGAAAUCCCUAGGGCUCGGGACAGAAGCUCAAAACAUUAUAGGAGAUUCCUGCCAAACAGCCGUAACUCUCAAGUAGCUCUCCUGCAGAGGGUAGAAAUUUACUUUCCUAUUUACUCCCUUUUUGAGCUUCUGACUUGCAAACAUUAAGUCUAGAGAGCUUCCUUCGCUAGGCUUGCGGGGAGAACGUUGAUUCCGUCUGCAAUUUAACAAACAACUACAAAACUCCCACCUUUUUUGAGCCGAAACAGAGUUAUCCUUCGAAAUCCGUGCUUCUCCAGAUUCCGUGGUGCAAAGAGACAUGCCUUAGAGGAAUGGGUGCGUAAAAUUCAUGAAAAUAACACACAAAAAUGUACUAUAAUUAGGGUGAGCUGCUUGCAAAUGUUUGUACAGCAGUCUAAACAGCAUCCAAGAAUGUUGUUCGUUUGGAGAAAUUUGCACUGAAAUGUUAACGUAUUUUCCUGAGGACUUUAUUCUUGGAAAUUGCAGCAGAAUUCAAAAGUAGGAGGGAAUUAGAAGCUGAGAGAAACCCAAACUGACAGAUAUGUCUGCCUCUAUUAAGUCUCGCCAGACCGCGGCAAGUUCUGUUGUUGUUGUUUAGUCGUUUAGUCGUGUCCGCCUCUUUGUGACCCCCUGGACCAGAGCACGCCAGGCACUCCUGUCUUCCACUGCCUCCCGCAGUUUGGUCAGACUCAUGUUUGUAGCUUUGAGAACACUGUCCAACCAUCUUGUCCUCUGUCGUCCCCUUCUCCUUGUGCCCUCCAUCUUUCCCAACAUCAGGGUCUUUUCCAGGGAGUCUUCUCUUCUCAUGAGGUGGCCAAAGUCUUGGAGCCUCAGCUUCAGGAUCUGUCCUUCCAGUGAGCACUCAGGGCUGAUUUCCUUCAAAAUGGAGAGGUUUGAUCUUCUUGCAGUCCAUGGGACUCUCCAGCACCAGAAUUCAAAAGCAUCCAUUCUUCGGCCAUCAGCCUUCUUUAUGGUCCAGCUCUCACUUCCAUACAUCACUACUGGGAAAACCAUGGCUUUAACCAUGGCAAGUUCUGGGGCUACUCUAAUGACCCAAGGACCGCAACAAGUUGACCUUGGGGAACAGGGUAUCACUAGUAAUAUUUCGAGAGUUGGCAAUGAAGCUUCAAGUGGCUAGUAAACCAAAAGCUCGCCACCGAUUUAUCUCAGUUGUCACCAGACAGUUGCCUGCGGGAAGUUUUGAGGGUAAAUAGGGGACUAAUGCAUGCAUGCUACUCUUCCAACAAGUAAAAAUCAGAUUAAAGUAAAUAAACAAUGUUUUUGAUUGAUAAUAAAGACAUUGGCUGAUUGUACAAACAAGGUUUGGAGUUAGGCUAUUAUUGUUGGUUGGUUGGUUGGUUGGUUGCUUGCUUGCUUGCUUGCUUGUUUUAUUAAAUUUGUAUACCGCCCUUCAUCCGAAGAUCCCAGGAUGGUUCACAACAGAAAAAAUACAAAACGAGAAUACAAAAUAUAUAAUAAAACAAAAACAAACCAAUCCCAUAAAGAACAUUUAAAAAGCCGUAGAAUGUUAAUCAGCUGAAGGCCUGUCUGAAGACAAACAUUGGUUUGUUUUAUUUAUUACGUUGUUAUUGAAUGGUUUAUUUAUUAAAUCGGUUAAAUCAUUACAUUGAAUAGUGGGAUCUGCAACAAAAUGUUGCAGUCUGGAGUUCUCCUGUUCAGGGUGCCAGCCAGCCAGCCAGCCGUGCCCUAGUCUGGAUUCUCCAUUCCCACCCACCCACCCCUCCUGCCCCCACAAUGUUUUAGUUGCUUAAUUGUCUGUUUGUUGCACUUCCAUCCCACCUGUUUUCUCAAUGGAGCUCAAGGUGGUGAGAAACAUGAUUCUCUCCCUCCUCUUUUACCGCCCACCACAACCCUGUGAGGUAGGCUAGCCUGAGAGUGAUUGACAAGGUCACACAGUGACCUUCGUGACCCAAGUCAGAGCAAACCGGCCAGCCAGUCCCCAAAAUGCAAAUGAAACAGAGAUGCCUUCAAUAGACACCAUAAAGACAUGAUACCAAAGACCAGAAAGCAUUUAGAUUAGAUAUGGAAGCGAUGGAAGUCAAUCAACGAAAUUUUAUUCUAUUAUUAUUUUCGUAUUGAGAUAUUUGUAGAAUAAAUUUGGAAGAAAUUCUUCCAACUUUUCUUCUUCUUCUUUUCUCUUUAUUUCUUCUUCUUUUCUUCUCUUUUUCUCUUUUGCUCCUUUUUUCAUAUAUAUGUGCUUAUUUGAAAUAUAUAUGUAUGUACAGUGGUACAUGGGUUUACAUAUGCUUCAGGUUACAUACGCUUCAGGUUACAGACUCCGCUAACCCAGAAAUAUUACCUUGGGUUAAGAACUUUGCUUCAGGAUGAGAACAGAAAUCGUGCUCUGGCGGCGCAGCAGCAGCAGCGGGAGGCCCCAUUAGCUAAAGUGGUGCUUCAGGUUAAGAACAGUUUCAGGUUAAGAACGGACCUCCAGAACGAAUUAAGUACUUAACCCGAGGUACUACUGUAUGUAUGUAUUUGUAAUAUUUUGCUUAUAUUUUGUAACAAUUAUGAUACAUAAAUUAAAAAUGUUAAUAAUAAAAAAAUAGAUUAGAUAUGACUUAUCUGCUAAAAUGCCCUGGAUAUUGCAUGAUUGCUUUGUGCAUUAAAGACAUACAAAGUUCACUUUCAAAAAUAAAAAAGGAAUCACUAGUUCAAGUUUAACAGAUCCGCAAAGGAACUAGUUCGAGUUUGGGUUUAACAGGUCCCCAAAGGAACUAAUUCCAGUUCAUGCUGGUCCCUUUACAAAAUUAACUAGUUCGAUUCCCAGCCAGUUCAAUUCAAGUUCAUCCAAACGAUCCUCAGCCGAGUAUUUCCCCCCAGCUUUCAGAAUGUUAUAAGCUGUUGUGCUAAAGAAUAAAAUAUACUUAAGAAGACUAAAGGACCGCCUCUCUUGGUCUGCCCCACGGAGAGCCUCAAGGUCCAUAAAUAGCAACACCCUAGGGGUCCCGGGCCCUAAGGAAGUCAGAUUAGCCUCAACCAGAGCCAGGGCCUUUUCAACACUGGCCCCAGCCUGGUGGAAUGCUCUGCCUCAUGAGACCAGGGCCCUGCAGGAUCUGAUUUCUUUCUGCAGGGCCUGUAAGACAGAGUUGUUCCGCCUGGCCUUUGGCUUGGAGCCAAUUUGAUUCCCUCCCUCUCUUUCUUUUUUCUUUUCCUUCUCCUCCUGCAAUGAGGCUACAUUUUAAUGUUUCAUUAUUUUAAUGUUGUUUUUAAGUUGUAAUCCUUCAACUUGUUUUUAUUAUUGUUUGUAAGCCGCCCUGAGCCCGGCCUUGGCUGGGGAGGGCGGGGUAUAAAUAAAAAUUAUUAUUAUUAUUAUUAUUAUUAUUAUUAUUAUUAUGAAGGCAUGGGGGGAAUCAGAAGACGCACACCGUGGAAUGCAAAUGGUUUAAUUUAUUCCCCCCCCCAACAGUUACGAUCCUUAAACUCAAAGGUCCAAGGGUCUAAAAUGGGCUUGAAGAUGGACUAGAAUUUGUUAAAGGUCCUACCCCAAAAUGAAUUUAAAGGGGAAGCACUCUGCACAUACUCAGAAAUUAGGCUCAUUUUAAAUAUUGCUGCACAUGUUCCAGAGCUAUUCCCCCGAUCCUGCCAUUUCCGCAAGGCUUUGGCCCUGUCGUGCCUUGCACAAAUGGAAAUUCUUCCUUGGCCUUCUCCAGCCUCCUAAGUCACUUAAAUAACACAGACAGCACCCAGAGAGAAAAAUACCGUAUUUUUUGCACCAUAACACUCACUUUUUUCCUCCUAGAAAGUAAGGGGAAAUGUCUGUGCGUGUUAUGGAGGGAAUGCCUACGGGUGGCAUGCCUACGGAUUUUCCUCCUCUAAAAACUACGUGCGUGUUAUGGUCGGGUGCGUGUUAUAGAGCGAAAAAUGCGGUAAAUCCUUAGAGCUCUUCACUAAGGACAGCUGAACAAAAGCAGUGUCAUCAUCCGAGGAGAAAUAAGCAAAGGGGUCUUUGUCUUUCUUAUUCCAAGCCUUAAAAGGGACGCGGGUGGCGCUGUGGGUUAAACCACAGAGCCUAGGGCUUGCCGAUCAGAAGGUCGGCGGUUCGAAUCCCCGUGACGGGGCGAGCUCCCGUUGCUCUGUCCCAGUUCCUGCCAACCUAGCAGUUCGAAAGCACAUCAAAGUGCAAGUAGAUACAGCGGUACCUCUAGACACGAACGGGAUCCGUUCCGGAGCCCCGUUCGCACCUAGAGGUAAACGUAACUAGCGACGGCACGUCUGCGCAUGUGUGCGUCGCUUUUCAUACGCGUGACAUCAUUUUGAGCAUCUGCACAUGCGCAAGCGGCGAAACCCGGAAGUAACGCGCUCCAUUACUUCCGGGUUGCCGCGGAGCACAACUCGAACACGCUCAACUCGAAGCGUAUUCAACCCGAGGUAUGACUGUAAAUAGGUACCACUCCGGCGGGAAGGUAAACGGCGUUUCCAUGCGCUGCUCUGGUUCGCCAGAAGCGGCUUAGUCCUGCUGGCCACAUGACCCAGAAGCUGUACGCCGGCUCCCUUGGCCAAUAAAGCGAGAUGAGCACCACAACCCGAGUCGUUUGCGACUGGACCUAACAGUCGGGGUCCCUUUACCUUUACCUAUUCCAAGCCUUUUUCAUAGCUAGGAGACGUCCAGCCAAACAUACAGAGGCGAAACUCCCUCAGAACUCCCUCCUGUCAUUCUGCCUGGUUCCUAAGCAAAACCUCCGCCCCCCGGCAACCCCCGUUUUUACCGGCGGCGGAGUUAACCCUUCAGUGGCAAACUGAAUGAUCCCCCAACACCCCUCUUUUUCCCGUUUUUUUAUGUGCAGGAGAAGAGUUGGCGCAACAGCGUCAGGCACAACCUGUCGUUGAACGAGUGCUUCAUCAAAGCGGGCCGCAGCGACAACGGAAAAGGCCAUUACUGGGCCAUCCACCCGGCCAACCUGGAAGACUUUUCUAAGGGAGAUUACCACCGGCGGAGAGCCCGGCGAAGGAUCCGCAGGUGAGAGGCAUCCCCGCGGCUUUGACGCUGCUCUUGCGCAUAGUUGUCAAGCGUCCCUUAUUUGGCGGGAAAGUCCCUUAUCCCAGCACUGUGUCCCACUGCUGUCCCUUAUUGAUGAUGUCCCUUAAAUUUCCCGGGUUUCAAAGGAAGCAGCUCCUCUCCCUCCCUCCCUGCCAGCCAGGGAGGAGGGAGGCUCCAACUGUGUUGCUUGACUGCGUUGCUCACCCAAUAAGGAGUCUAAGGACAACUGGGGGGUGGAGCUUGCAUGCCUUGUGCCGAUCAAAUCGGCCGCCUUGCCUGGGGACUCGCCUUUGCUCAGCGCUUCCCAGCGGAGAGGCGAUGGUGGUUUUCCUUGCUGCAUCCCCUUUGCCGGGUUGCUGCGCUGUGGGAACCACCGCUUGAGGCUUCGUUUGGCUGCUGGCUGGGCUUUCUGCCUUUGGCUCAGAGGGGCUCAGAAGUUGAACAUACCUGUGCUUGGAAAAUCCCUUAUUUUGGCUGCUGGUCCCUUAUUAUCGAGUCUGCUUGUCCCUUAUUUUCAAAUCUGUAAGUUGACAGCUAUGCUCUUGCGCCAAACAAAUCCCCCAUUUAUCCCUCCCCCGGUUCUCCAUGCACCAUAUGCAGAAUGAGCCCUACUCAUCCUAUCCUUUAAUGUGCUCUAUUAACUCUCCAAUGCCCAUGGGAAGGAUAAGACCUUUAGCCCUCCGGCUGACCUCAGCUUGACCUCCCCAGAACCUGCUUCCCUGCUCUGCUUUCUCCCUUCGGGGUUGGGUAAGGAAAAGGCGAGGGCCAUUCAGUCCCGGCGCCAAGGUCUGUUAUCACGCAGGCUUGCGGCCCAAUGGAGGCCGAGUUGUGUCCGCCCACUGCCCGGCAUUUACAGGACAUUUAAAUAAUAAUUUAUUAUUUAUACCCCACCCAUCUGGCUGGGUUUCCCCAGCCACUCUGGGCGGCUACCAACAAAACACUAAAAUACAAUAACCUAUUAAACAUUAAAAGCUUCCCUAAACAGGGCUGCCUUCAGAUGUCUUCUAAAAGUUUGGUAGUUAUUUUUCUCUUUGACAUCUGGUGGGAGGGCGUUCCACAGGGAGGGCGCCACUAUCAAGAAGGCCCUCUGCCUGGUUCCCUGUAACUUGGCUUCUCACAGCGAGGGAACCGCCUAAAGGCCCUCGGAGCUGGACCUCAGCGUCCGGGCAGAACGAUAGAGGUGGAGACGCUCCUUCAGGUAUACUGGGCCGAGACCAUUUAGGGCUUUCAAGGUCAGCACCAACACUUUGACUUGUGCUUGGAAACAUACUGGGAGCCAGUGUAGGUCUUUCAAGACGGGUGUUAUAUGGUCUCGGCGGCCGCUCCCAGUCCCCAGUCUAGCUGCCGCAUUCUGGAUUAGUUGUAGUUUCCGGAUCACCUUCAAAGGUAGCCCCACGUAGAGCGCAUUGCAGUAGUCCAAGUGAGAGAUAACUAGAGCAUGGACCACUCUGGCGAGACAGUCUGCGGGCAGGUAGGGUCUCAUUCUGCGUACGAGGUGGAGCUGAUAAACAGCUGCCCUGGACACAGAACUGACCUGCGCCUCCAUGGACAGCUGUGAGUCCAGAAUGACAGGCAGCUUUCUGCAAAGAUCCCUGGGAUCUGUCGUUUGUUAAGGAUGCUGUGAACUAUAGCUCUGCGAAGGGGAAACUACGGUUCCCAUUAUUCUUUGGGCGGAGGUCCUGUGCUUUAAAUGUGGGCUGUGGAUAUGCCCCGUGGGGUUCUUCUAUAAUUAUAAUUUCAUAAUAAUAUUAUUUGUACCCCAUUCAUCUGACGGGGUUGCCCCAGUCCCUCUUGGGUGGCUUCCAACAUAUACAAAAACAUAAUAAAACAUUAAACCAGGGGUCAGCAAACUUUUUCAGCAGGGGGCCGGUCCACUGUCCCUCAGACCUUGUGGGGGGCCGGACUAUAUUUUGAAGGGGAAAAAAAUGAACGAAUUCCUAUGCCCCACAACUAACCCAGAGAUGCAUUUUAAAUAAAAGCACACAUUCUAUUCAUGUAAAAACAUGCUGAUUCCCGGACCGUCCGCAGGCCGGAUUGAGAAGGCAGUUGGGCCAGAUCCUGCCCCCGGGCCUUAGUUUGCCUACCCAUGCAUUAAACAUUUAAAGGUUUCUCUAUACAGGGCUGCCUUCAGGUGUCUUCUAAAGGUUAUAUAGUUACUCAUCUCCUUGACAUCUGACGGGAGGGCAUUCCCAGGGCGGGCGCCACUACCAAAAAGACCCUCUGUCUGGUUCUCUGUAACUUCACUUCUUUCAGUAAGGGAACCACCAGAAAGCCCUCAGAGCUGGACCUCAGAGUUCGGGCUGGACGGUGGGGGUGGAGACGCUCCUUCAGGUAUACAGGAUUGAGGCCAUUAAGGGCUUCAAAAGUCAGCACCAACACUUUGAAUUGUGCUCGGAAAUGUACUGGGACCCAAUGUAGGUCCUUUAGGACUGGUGUUAUAUGGUCUCGGCGGCCGCUCCCAGUCACCAGUCUAGCUGCCGCCUUCUGGAUCAGUUGUCGUUUCUGAGUCACCUUCAAAGGUAGCCCCAUGUAGAGCGCAUGGCAGUAGUCCAAGUGGGAGAUAACCAUUAAUCCACAGUAAUGCUUAAAGCACAUGCUUUCUCCCAAAGAAUCCUGGGAACCACUAUUAUAAAGAGCAGUGUGGCGUAGUGGUUAGAGCAUGGGUAGGCAAACUAAGGCCCGGGGGCCGGAUGUGACCCAAUCGCCUUCUAAAUCCGGCCCGCGGAAGGUCUGGGAAUCAGCAUGUUUUUACACGAGUAGAAUGUGUCCUUUUAUUUAAAAUGCAUCUCUGGGUUAGUUGUGGGGCAAAGGAAUUUGUUCUUUUUUCUUCUUCUUUUUUCAAAAUAUAGUCUGGCCCCCCCACAAGGUCUGAGGGACAGCUGAAAAAAUUUGCUGACCCCUGGGUUAGAGGGUUGGAACAGGAGCAGGGUUCAAAUCCCCACUUGGCCAUGAAACUCCCUGGGUGAACUUGGAAGCCAGUCACUGCCCCUCAGCCCAGUCUACCUCACAGGGUUGUUGGGGGGAAUUCAUUGAGGAGAAAGGGGAACGAUGUAAGCAGCGGCGUAGCGUGGGUUGUCAGCACCCGGGGCAAGGCAAGUAAUUUGCGCCCCCUAACCCCUAACCUGCCGCCGCUGCCAGCUUCUUCUUGCUGCUGCCUGGGCUGGUCUGGUGUGGUUCUCUCCCGCACUCAGCGCUGCGCUGGGCAGCCGCUGCACUGUCCCUCCCCCAGAUAGUCCCUCGCGCUCUCUCCGCACCGCACGCCUGGCACCCACCCCCUCCACAGUGGGCGGCGACCCAGCGGCUCGGAUCGGAUUCGCACAGCCAGCACUGCAGUGAGAGAGAGUGAGUGAGCCAGGUAGGGGCAGAGAGCUGCGAGUGCGAGCGCACCCCCCCAGAUGUUGCGCCCAGUGCGGCCGGGCCCCCCUGCACCCCCCACGCUACGCCACUGGAUGUAAGCUACCUUGAACUCCAUGGGAGAAAAAUGUGGGAUGGAAACGCAACUAAUGUUUCUGUGAAAACUUGGGAAACAAUCAGUCUCUUCUGUUAUCAAUCUGCGGAGAAAAGGCAGAGAAUGAAACUCUUAAUCUCAGGGUGUUUGGGUUCAAGCAUUGCAGGGGGGUUGGACCAGAUGGCAAUUCUAUGUUUCUAUGAAACAGCGUAUAAAUAAAUACAGUGGUACCUUGGUUCUCAAACUUAAUCCGUUCUGGAAGUCCGUUCCAAAACCAAGGCAUGCUUUUCCAUCGAAAGUCAUGCAAAUGCAAAAUGGAUUAAUCCAUUCCAGACUUCUAAAAACAAUCCCUAAAACAGCAACUUGACAUUAAGUUUACUAUCUGACGAGACCAUUGAUCCAUCAAAUGAAAGCAAUAAACAAUGUACUGCAGUCACACAGUCAAAUCAAUCAGUAGCUGAACUGGGUUCCACGCAGUCACAAAAAAUAAUAGCCGCAAAAACUCAAAAUAAAUAGCAAAAGCAGACAGACCUCAGCGUCGCACUCAAAUCGGAAGCGUAAAACUCAAAACAGAGCUCGUUUGGCUUCUGAAAAAUGUUCGCAAACCGGAACUCCCAAUUCCGGGUUUGCAGUGUUUGGGUUCCAAGUUGUUUGAGUACCAAGGCGUUUGAGAACCAAGGGACCACUGUAGAUAUAAACGCAAAGCUGUCCCACCAAUGGCCUGUUUCCUGCGAAUGUGAAUUUUGGUCCCUGCUCCUCUUCCUUCUCCCAGGAUGGCGGUGAACUUUGGCUACUACCACCCAUAUGCUUUCUAUGGACUCAGCUGCUGCUCCCCGGGGCGCUACUGCCUCUGCUGCCCUCCAUAUGCCCACGCCGGCCUCCCUGGCAUGACUCCACCUUGCCCGCCUGGGCUCCCUCCUCUCCUGCUGCCCUCGGCUGUCUCCUGGCCUCAUCCUUUCUUCUCCGGAGGAGGGAAGGAGAAAUCCCAGGCUGAGAAGAGGCUGAACUGGGCGGCUUGGAGCAGACCGCAACUGCAGAUCGGGCCCGUCUUGGCCCACGCUAAUCCGUGA